AUGAUUAGAAUAUUGAUGAAAACCAAAAAAGUUAGCAAUUAGUUGUUAGGAACAAACGUUGAUUAUGCAUAGUAGGAUUAAUAACAUAAACCUGUAGUACUAAAAUAGGCCACCUGCGAUUAUCACAAUUCUAUAUAUUUUACUCUCUUUUUCCGGCAACAAAGAGGUUCAGGAGCUAACAUUAUCUCAACUUAUGUGUAUAAUGUCGAAAUCCAAUUACUUGUCAAAACAUCAAUGUAUGCUUCUUCCCUGUUAAGGUUGCUCUCUAACAAUAAAAUUACUUAUUACACAAGUCAAACAUAGAAAAUGAUGGCAGACUUGAUAAUCAUUAUGUUAAAAUAUCUAUUGCAGACAUAGCAUAUCAAUUAGGCAUGA